GCGAAGGUAGAACGCGCGUGUACCGGGCACUUGGUGUACCGUGUAUCCAGAGAGAGAGAGAGAGAGAGAGAGAGAGACAGAGACAGAGACAGAAAGAAGGAGAAAGAUAAAAGAAAACAACGAGCACGACUCUCGGAGCCUCGAACUCGAGAAGUCUUCGCGAGUCCGGCGAACCGACACACACCGCUCACCGAUUCCAAAGUCCGCCGGUAGGCUCAGUUGUCUCCGAACCCCCGAACUGUUCGGAUGUAGCUACUUUAUAAGCUUAUUUUACGUUUUUUCCACGCUUUCGAAACUCGCUCGUUUCGCCGUUGCUCGCUGCACUUUCGUCUCUCAAUUCACUUUACUUUUCGCGUGCUCGUUUUUCGCGGUCUUGUGCGGUCGUCGUGGUGGCAUGGUAGGGGCUCGAUCUUGAAGAAGAAAAAAAGAAAAAACGAAAAAAUAGAACAAAAAGGAAAAAUUCGACGAACAUUCCACGAAGGAAACACAACUGAGAGAAGUGUAUUCUUGCUCCGUGGUCGAGGAAUAUUCGUUUUUGAAAAUCGUUUUUUGGUUUUUCGACGGUCCGGACACGUUCGAUCGCGUGCAGCCGAUUAGAGAAGCGAGAAAAGGAAGAAGAGCACUGGAGCGGCGAAGAAAUCGGAAGAAACUCGAGGAGAACAAGGAAGAAAAUCUCGUCGUUUGGGCGAACGAACGAUCGAACACUGUUAACACGUAGCAAGCACGUAGGAUGGUAGCCUCACAACACGACGGUACCAGAAGUGUCGGUGGCGGUGGUGGCGGAGAUGGUGGAGGCGGCGGUGGCGAGGAGACGGUGUACACGGUGACCGUGAGUGGUGUCGGUUACAGGAACGAGGGCUACAAGGACGAUGGUACCGACGGUAUACCUCCUGAGCCGCAGAAACCACCGCAAUUAUCGUCCACGGACGACGACACCCAGUCCAGAAAGUUCAAGCUCUCCCGCGGCGAGAAAUGGCGGAUCUUAAAGAACAUUAGCACCGUAUCCGUGGCGUUUAUGGUGCAGUUCACCGCGUUUCAAGGCACAGCGAACCUGCAGUCGUCGAUAAACGCCAGUGACGGUUUAGGCACCGUGUCCUUAUCAGCGAUUUACGCGGCGUUGGUGCUCUCAUGCAUCUUCGUGCCCACCUUCGUUAUCAAAAGGCUCACCGUGAAAUGGACAUUAUGUGUGUCGAUGCUGUGUUAUGCACCGUACAUCGGCUCGCAGUUCUAUCCGAAAUUUUACACCCUGGUGCCUGCUGGCGUGCUGCUUGGAUUGGGUGCCGCACCCAUGUGGGCGGCUAAGGCCACCUAUCUCACACAGGUCGGUGGCGUCUACGCGAAGCUCACCGAUCAGCCGGUAGACGCCAUCGUUGUCAGGUUCUUCGGCUUCUUCUUCCUUGCCUGGCAAACUGCUGAACUGUGGGGAAACCUCAUCUCUUCGCUGGUGCUCAGCGGGGGAGAGUUCGGCAGCGACCACGGGAACGGGAACAACACGAAUUGGAACAAAAUCAAGCUCUGCGGGGCCGACUUCUGCGUCCUUGGUAACGGAGGCCACGAGACCCUGGAGCGUCCUCCGGAGUCGGAGAUCUACGAAAUUUCUGCGAUCUAUCUAACUUGUGUAAUCGUCGCCGUGAUCAUCGUCGCUUUGUUCGUCGAUCCUCUCUCGAGGUACGGUGAGAAGCAACGAAGAGCCGACAGUCAAGAGCUCAGUGGUAUACAAUUGCUCUCGGCAACUGCUUAUCAACUGAAGAAACCCUAUCAACAGCUCCUCAUACCGAUCACAAUAUGGAUCGGCAUGGAGCAGGCGUUCAUCGGAGCAGACUUUACACAAGCCUACAUCUCAUGUGCGUUGGGCGUACACCGAGUGGGCUAUGUGAUGAUCUGCUUCGGAGUGGUGAACGCUCUCUGCUCCCUGGUCUUUGGAUCUCUAAUGAAAUUCGUCGGCAGACAGCCGCUCAUGGUGCUGGGCGCCAUCGUCCAUGUUAGUCUUAUCGUCGUACUACUCCACUGGAAACCGCACCCCGCUAAUCCGUACGUUUUUUACACCGUUUCCGGACUCUGGGGUGUCGGCGAUGCGGUAUGGCAGACGCAAGUGAACGGUUUAUACGGCACCCUGUUCAGGCGCAACAAGGAAGCCGCGUUCUCGAACUACAGACUAUGGGAGAGUGCCGGUUUCGUGAUAGCAUACGCGUACAGCACCCACCUGUGUGCCCGUAUGAAGCUGUACGUGAUGCUGACAGUGUUGCUUAUCGGCACCAUCGGGUACAUCAUAGUGGAACUACUGCACAGGCGUAAGCAGAAAAGGCUGAAGGCUAUCGCGGAGGACCCGAAGGCGGCCCAGGCGGAGGCGAACCAAGUGGAAGAGACCGACGAUGAAAAGGACGACAUCGACGACGAUAUCAUUAUCACGCACCUCUGAACAGCAUCCACUCGCGCACCGACGAGGAAUCUCAUCAGUGUCUCGGCUUGAUCGACUCUUCUCUUUUAUUCUUCCUUAUUGCUUCUUUUCCUGUAAUAACGAACGCAGUCGCUUUCUAUAUGGCAGCGUAGACCCGCGGCAUGUAAAACCGUCCACGAGCGAUCCAAAGCUGCCUGGAAAUGUGUACAACGACUGUUGCUCGUUUAUAUGAAGCAUAAGGAUGAUACGUCGUUUUUCUUCUCUUCCUUUUCUUCCAAGACCGGAAAUUGACACGAUCCCCGGUACCGAGCCGGUCAGUUUUCGUGUCGCCCAUGCGAACGACGAUAUCGUUAAGUCUCGCGUCGAUGCGCCAUUUUGAAAUGUCGCCGUAAGAAUUAAGACGCGUAAAGUGUACUCUAGUAGCAAGAUUUUUCUUCUCUGUUUUAUGCUUCUUCAUUUGGAUCGUUUGGGUCCUGUAAAUUUUACGUUUGACACGCUACGUUCGGUCCUUUUACUUCUUGUUCCACUGUUCUCGGUAUACCGGCGUUUUUCUUCCAUGUUUGUUUUGUAUCGCAAAGAAAGGAGGGAAAGAAAAGAAAGGAAAAGAAAAAUAAAUCGCACGCGACAAAGCUCGCGACUCGUGCGCCGCGUUUCUGCUGGGAACGGGCGCGAGGAAAAGGUGAAAGAAUAAAAGAAAGAUACCGACUCAUACAAAAUUAAUGAGGGAUAAGGAAAUGCACGAGGGGUAUCCCCGACGAUCAGUCUCGCUUCGUGCACGUGUUGUUAUAUCGCUUGCAGAGAUUCAACACGGCGAUUCCAUUGUCAACUGAAAACGAAUUGCUUGCCUUCACGGUGCUAGAAGCGCGUUCCGAUGCCAUACUCGUCCUUAUGCGUUCACGUAGUCUCUUCGAUCUUCGCUUAAAUGUAAGUUUAACGAUCCGGAAAAUGGAAGAAGGAAAAAAGAGGAUGAUAAUAAUAAGAAUAGGCAAAUGAAAAUCAUUGAGAUCUGCUUCGAAUAUCCGAUGCGAAUAGACUAUUAGAUGAGUCAACGAGUUUGAUUUCUUCAAGUAGUACAAAGGGAAAAUGAUUAGGAAAUGUAAACUGCGUUUAACAAGCACACAUUGUCACAUAGAUAAAUAUCGAACACGCUAAAGAGAACAUUCGUUAAACGAAUUCGAAACGAUUCGAGUAUCUGUUGUAAUCGUACGUAUCCGUGUAUAAGAUGUAAGACAUCCCAUUGCCACUAUGUGGAAGCGCUUCGUAGCAACUUGCCAUUAAGUUUUAUCGGAAUUGUGUCCCAGUUUUGUGAUAAAGAUCGUAAGUUCCCAAACGGACGGUUCGAUCGUAAAUCCGCUUAUCUUGUAUAUAUAUUAUGGAUAGCAAUUGUAUAUGCGGUGAAAUGGAUAUUCCAUUCGAAUGCGUUGCUCUGGCUCAGCGAAGCCACGACUCCUGAAACUGUAACGGGCCGACAGCGUGUCUUUAUUGUUUCCUUUAUUUUGUCAUGACUACAGAUGCACUUAGAUCAAAGAUACCACUGGAUCGAGCCUGUGAUACGUUUAAAUAUC